AAGGAAGGGUGACUACUACCUCAACUGUAAGCUAGUGAAGCUGCUAAUAGAGAUGAAAAGACUACGAGAAGCAGUCGACCACAUUUUGCUUACGCAAGACCUGGAGUCUGUUGCAGACCAGCCAAUCUGGUGGGAGAGCACAGUACACACCCUGGAGAUUUACAUAAAGAGCAUCAGGCAAGGAGAAGAGAAAACUGCUGGUGAGGAGACUAUCAUGGAGAUGCAUAGUCACCUGUUGAUGGCACUUUGCAAGUGGAUCAUGCUUAGCUUAGCUAUGAUGGAUAAACCUCCCCACAAUGCAGUAGUUCUUCUGAAGGGGUUAGUAUGUAUUGUGAAUGGUUUCCAAAAUCAAGAUCAUAAA